ACAGUGGCAACGUCUGCCUACCGAAUUACAAACACAACAUACAUCACUACUCUUCCACACACUUUCCAAUGAAGCUCCUCACGUCCCUUAUCGUCUUAUCACCCCUUGUGCUUUCUGCCCAUGCGGCCGAUUGCUCAGAGCCCGAUAAAGAGGUCUACGAGCGGGCAGCAUCGGAGAUGAUGUGGUCAAUCCGUGGCUGGCUAUGUUCCAACGCCUGGUGGCAAUCCAUCACGGCUGGUCCCCAGGGAGCGUGGUGCGAUAAUCAGGGUGGGAUCGUCGGUGCGUACGAGGGGCAAUUCACAAUCCACGGAAUGCAGAGUCAGCAGCAGUGCUGGGAUACCACUGAGCAAAUCAUCCGGCAGUGCAUGAAGCUCGACAUCAGUGCGGGCACUGGACCGGGGCAAGCGAAGAACCUCAACGGCGGCACAUGGACCUGGGGCAGUGUCUAUGCCGGUGGGUGGUUUUGGGCCGCGCACGGCGAGCAGUGCCAGAACCAUGUCAAGCGGUCGGGUGAGCAUAAUGAGACUGUCGAGGUUGGGCAAAGUCACUCCCUGAGGCCGAACUUUACCCUUGCGGAUGGGACUGUUCUGCAGGCUGAGAACCUGGUGACUUUGGAUGUUACUGGGGAUGAGCCGGUUCUUGUUAAGCAUGAACGGUUCUAG